AUGUCACACGUUCAAUCAACAAUCAACAACAUCAUCAAUGAGAUCAAAGAUAUCAAUCUUAUCAUCAAACGCCAACAACCAACAGAUAACAACAACGAAAACAAUAGUGAUGGCGGUGUCAAAGAUGAUACAACACAACUAAUUGAAUCGAUCACACAAUGUACAACAAUCGAUGAGUUCAUCAACAAGAUCAACAUCAACAACAUUCAAUCAGAUGAUGUUAACAUCAAUGAUGAUGAACUGAUGUCAAUGAUCGUUCGCCACAGCCAACACAUUCAUCAAGUACCAUAUGAUGAGAGUGAUGCUACUACAUUACAGCUUAGAGCAUGUGAGUAUAAUAUCAAUGCUGACAAGUUGAAAGACAUCAAGAAACAGAUUGAAUCAUGCUUCAAACUCAUUAAGCCUGGUCACUAUACUCCUGGAGAGUACGAAGGACACAUCAUUUCUUUUGAUAACAAUCCAUUAUCAUUGUUCUCACUGGAGACUCAGAAGUGGACAACAAUCAAACUCGAUGGUGAAUUCAAUACUCAACUCAGUACGGCGCUCGGUUCGGUAGUCUAUGCCCGUGGCAAUGUCUAUGUGUUUGGCGGUGCCUACGAAGAGGACGAUGAAGGAGUUGAAACAUGGACAAAGACAUACUGUCGAUUCUCCCUGGCCGAGAAACGAAUCCACCAUAAUCCAAUGACUGCGAUGGAGGGUGCGUUUUUGUUUGCAACCUGCUACGACGGCGGAAAGUACAUCUACAUCGUUGGUGGAUGUGAUGUGAAAGAAAAGAAUCUGGACACCGUAUACCGCUUCGACAUUGACACAGGACAGUUUGAGGCGUUUGGAAAGAUUCCUUUUGCGACAUCUAAUGCCUCCGCUCACUUCCACAAGGACAGCAACUCAAUCAUCAUCGUUAGUGAGGACAAACAGGUCUCAUCGUUCAGUGUGAUCACACAGGCCACCAAUGUUCUCUUUGAAUAUAGUAACUUUGCGGGCAACUGCAACUGUCAAAUUAAAAGCAGUUGCUUCGAUGGCCAAGACAACCUCUACCUUCUGUUCAUUUAUGACUGCACAUUCAUUCGAUACACAAUGUCCACCAAAGAGAUCGUCAGUCUCAAAAAAUGUCCAUAUACAAUAGGUGUCCUGUUUUCCCUAAUCUAUGAUGAUUCAUUUGGCAUCAUGCUCAUUGCUGGACGAGCCCAGAACUAUCAAUACUCCACACAACAUGAUCGAUGGACAUUGCUUAACGAUGAUGAUCCUAAUGAUUAUCGUUCAGAACUGGGGGCGUGCUUGAUACGUGAUUGA